AUGGCCUCCCAAAAUUACGCUGCCUGGCAGAUGGCCGCCAAAGCUCCCAAAUUGGAGGUUAAGGAGGCCCCUUACUCCCACCCCGCCGCGUCCGAGAUCCUGAUCCGGAACUAUGCCGUGGCCAUCAACCCUCUCGAGCCAGCGCUGCAGACUCUUGGGCCGGAUCUGUUCCCAUGGUUGACUUAUCCGCAAAUCUUGGGAAAUGACAUUGCUGGCGAGGUCGCCGAGGUGGGACCUGGCGUGGAUGCGUUCAAGCCAGGUGACCGCGUUGUCGCCCACGCCAUCAACGUGACCAACAACAAGACCUCCGAGGGGGGUUUCCAGCUUUACACUAUCGUGUCGGACUUCAUGGCCGCCCCCAUCCCCGACAGCAUCUCAUACGAGCAGGCGUCCGUGCUCCCGCUGGCCGUGUCGACCGUCUCGUGCGCCCUAUACCAAAAAGACCAACUGGCCCUCGAGCUCCCCGCCGUCCCUGCUCGGUCUAGCACCGGCAAGACCGUCCUCAUAUGGGGUGGCGCAUCGAGCCUUGGAUGCAGUGCCAUCCAGCUAGCCGUCGCCUCCGGCUAUGAGGUCAUCACCGUGGCAUCGCCCAAGAACUUUGACCUUUUGAAAAAGCUGGGGGCUGCCCAGGUGUUUGACUAUCAUGACGAGGACGUGAUUGACCAGGUUGUCAGUGCAUUUACUGACAAGCAAUCCGCCGGAGGGUUGGCCAUCGUGCCUGGAUCCGUCGGUCUCGUUGGCGAGGUCUUGUCCCGCUGCACGGGCGUCAAAUUCGUCUCCAACAUUACUGCGCAGCCUGCAGACGUGCCCGAGGGUGUCAAGACAGACGUCGUCUUUGGGGGCACUUUGCGCGAUAACGAGGUCGGCCCAGCGAUAUAUUCGAGGUUUCUCGGCAAGGCUCUGGCCGCCGGAUCCUUCACUUGCGCCCCCGAGCCGUACCUCGUUGGCAAGGGGCUGGAGAGCUUGCAAAAGGCCUUUGAAGUCUGCAGGGAGGGCGUAUCGGCAAAGAAAGUAGUGGUCACCUUGAACUGA